UGUGUUUCAGCUCUUCAUGAGGACAUUGGUAUCAGUGGCUGUUCAGACUCUGAUGGAGAGAACAUGUAUGGACUGGAUGGUGAAGAGAAAUGGUACGCAGACUUCAACAAAAAGGAGGAAAUCUACCCUCAGCCUCCUUUUGUCGUCAACCCUUUCCACUACCAGGAAGGAACUUAUGAAGGAGCUGUGGCUAAUCAACAGGUCUGCAAACAGAACCUGAAGGUUGAUAUGCAGGCAUAUAAGAACCCUCCACUGCAGCGUGAUGCUCCUUCAGGUGUGAUGAUCUACACCAGAGAUGAGGUGGAGUUUGGAGAGAAGAACUAUCUCAUUUGUUAUGUGACUGGUUUCUAUCCUGCUCCUGUCAACGUCUCCUGGACUAAGAACAAAGAGAAAGUCACACAAGGAUCCAGCAUCAAUGUUCCCUACAUCAACAAAGAUGGGACCUUCACCCAGAUCUCCAGACUGCAGUUCACCCCACAGCAGGGAGACAUCUACAGCUGUGCAGUGCAACAUCUGGCCCUGACACAACCAGAAACUAGACUCUAUGAGGUGGAGUCAUCUGGUCAACCUGAUCCAGGUGUUGGACCCUCUGUGUUCUGUGGAGUGGGUCUGACUCUCGGUCUGCUCGGUGUGGCUGCUGGAACCUUCUUUCUCAUCAAAGGAAACGAGUGCAGCUGAUUGGCUCACAGUGAUGAUGUCAUCAGUACAGAGACAGUUGUAUUCAUAUCCUCAUUCCCUCUGUGGUGUCUGAGGCGAGGGCCGUCCUCUGUGCAAACACAGACCUGCUCGCUCGUUCCUUCACACUGAUGUUUGAAUUACAGAUGUUUAUAUUUCUCUGCUUUCGCACUGUGUUUAAAGUAAAAACUAAGUUUGAUUAGAAACUGAAAGCAUAUUUGUUUUAAUCAUGAAAGUUAAUAAACAGACCUUUGCUGAAAUCA